UAAAAAUGUCAAAUUAAAAGCAUUUAACUGGUCAAACACAAGUUUAAGUUUAGUAACUCUGGUUCGUAACGUAACGUUAGUUCUCUGAGUGGAACUAGAAAUAUCUCCCACUGCAAAGUCGUAUCUAAGGUUCGUCCUAUUUACUGGAGCAGUGAACAUCGUUUAUGGGAUGGUAAUGAUUCUUCCAGGUAUUUGUCAGAGUCUCAGGUGGUCCGCACUGACCUCCGCACUGACCUCCGCACUGACCUCCGCACUGACCUCUGCUGUGGCCCCGAGCCUCCCGUUGAACCCCUCUGUUCUCUUUCAGGCCAUGUUGGGAAUCUUCUUCAGCGCCAAGUCGGCCGUGUUGAUCGAGGACGUCCCGUUCACCGAGGAAGACAUCCGCAACGAUAAAAAUCCUCCUCAGAACAUCUACGGCCUCUACAACCAGGUCGGCAUCAACUGCUUCAUCGCCGCCGGCAUCUACGUGGCGGUGGGCGCCGUGUCGCUCUGCCAGGUCCGACUCAACAAACGGCAAGAGUACAUGGUCACAUAGACCGUGACCUCUGACCCCUGACGACCCCGACGUCAGCAGCUGGAGGUCACUUCCUUUUCUGUUAAAGUGUCACAACUUCCUGUAGAGCGGACCAAUCAGCGGCGAGGGGAGGCGGUCAGACGGAGCCUCAGUUAUUUAUUUUAAAACCUUCGAUGUGUUUGUUGUUGAUGUUUGUUGUUGUUGUUGUUGUUGUUGUAUGAGAUGUUACAUUGUUCGUUUAUUCCAGAUUAAACUGAACGAGGGAAGAAUUUCAGAAACAUCUUAUAAUAAUUAAAUAAUGUUUACUUUGUGUUCAGGCUGUUUGUAAUCAAUAAAUGGAUCAAACUCAUCGUGGAUUUGCAAUAAAGUGUGUGUGAAAAAUAAAA